AUGACGCAACUACCGGAAACUGCAUACGCCCCCUUCUCCGAGCCUUGGGUUCUAGCCGACGUCGAACAACAGGACAAGCAACAAUUGGAGGAGCAACCGGCCUGCGAAGUCCAUAGCCUAAGCAAGACUCAGACAAAAGAAGGGCAGCCUACUUGCGAACCGGUCAGCCCAAAGAAGUCUGUCAAGGACGAUCAGCUGGAGGCUAUCAUUGCGGCGCUUGGUCCUGAGGUGCAAAAGUAUUGGACGCAAACCAAAGGCGUGGUAUUUGGUCCUGAAAUCUUCUUAGAUGGAAAUGGCCGCAUGACACCAUCAACUGCUAGAAGCCGUCUCAGGAACCUUGGAGCAAGCUUCGUUCAUUCUCCACCGUAG